CUUGCAUCUGGUAGUCCGUGCUUGAGCAAUGCCGUUUGCCGUUUGCCUGCGCUGCGCCUGACCGGCGCAGCGCGCAUGCUUCCUGCCUGACUGCACCAAGCUUGGCCGGGCAAAGGGGUCUGCCGGAUCGCGGCAAGACCACUCUUCGAGCUGGAUGAUGUCGUUCGAUGCCGCGGUCCAAGUCUCCGCGAGACCAACCUCCCGUGGGGCAAGCCCUGAAUGCCGCGAUUGGCAAUUGUGGUCGGGCUCGCAGGUGGGCGGCAGCCCUACAGCUCUUGUCCAACGCGCUUGCAGUGAAGCUGACCCCGACCGUGAUUCAUUUCACCUCUGUAGUCACGGUUUGUGGGAGAAGUGAAAACUGGAGAUGUGCGUUGCAACUUCUUGCGGACAUGCCUUUAGCGACAGCCGAGCCCAACCUCAUCACCUUCAACGCAGCGGUGAAUGCUUGCGCGAAGGCCGGGGAGUGGCAGAUGGCGCUCCAGCUGCUGUCAGUGUUGGACAACACCCACUCUUUGGACGUGAUCAGUUUUAGCUCCGGCAUCAGCGCUUGUGCGGCUUCAAGGCGAUGGCGGCAGGGUCUCCGGAUUUUGGUCUCCAUGAAACCCGCCCAGGUUUUGCCCAACGUCAUGGCCUUCAAUGCGUGCAUGAGCGCUUUAAGCUGGCCUAAAGCUCUGCAGCUGUUGGCUGAUUUGAGCGGGAGCUGUUGGCGGUCCUCGGAAGCGGCAACGGUGGUGAGCUUCAACAGCGUGCUGAGCGCCUGCGAAAAGGCGGGCGAGUGGCCUAUGGCGCUGCAGCUGCUGCAGGCGAUCCACAGGGCGUCGCUUGAAGCCUCUCAAGCGUCGUACAGCGCAGCGAUCAGCUGCUGUGGCAAAAGCAGCCGCUGGCAGGCGGCAACUUGGCUCCUGGCGGAAGCGACGCAAGGCUUCGCCACGGCCGGAGCCGAAGUCGAAGCCGUGCCCAACGUGGUGUGCUUCAGCGCCGCCAUCUCCGCCUGUGAGAAAGGCUCGCAGUGGGCGAUAGCUUUGCAGAUCUUGGAUGACAUGUCGGCACUGGCGGUGCUGCCGAAUGAAAUCACCUUGAACGCCGCCAUCAGCGCCUGUGAGAAGGGCGCCGAAUGGGAGGCCGCGCUCCAGGUGCUCGGAGGAUUUGGAUCGCUGGAGCCGAACAGCAUCACCUUCGCCGCGGCCAUCAGCGCCUGCGAAAAGGGAGAGCAGUGGCCCAUGGCGCUGAAGUUGCUCGGGGAGAUGUUGGCAAAAAUGGCGCCGGAAAGGAUAUGCUUCAACGCUGCCAUUAGCGCCUGCGAGAAAGCUGCGCAGUGGGAGAUGGCCUUUCAGUUGUUGUCUUCAAUGCCUUUGCAUGAGCUCUCGCCUAAUGUGAUCACCUUCAGUGCUGUCAUCAGCGCAUGCGCAAAGGGCUGGCAAUGGCAACACGGGCUUGGUAUUCUGUGCAGCAUGUCCGCCACAGUUCCACCGAAUGAGAUCGCGUGGAAUUCUGCGAUUAGCGCCUGUGAGAAGGCCGGGCAGUGGCAGGUGGCAAGCCGGCUGCUGGUUGCAAUGCAGGCUGCUGAGACGCCGCCGGAUUUGAUCACCUUCAGCGCCGUGAUCAGCGCUUGUGAGAAAGCCGGGCAGUGGCAGGCGGCGAUUGGGUUCCUGUCUGCCCUGGCGGCUGCAGGACUCGAGGCGGACGUGAUUUGCUGCAGUGGGGUCAUCAGUGCCUGCGAGAAGGCCGCGCGAUGGCCGGAGGCUCUGCACCUGUUGUUGGCCAUGCCCGGCCUGGAGCUGCGCCCAGACGCGAUCAGCUUCAGCGCCUGCCUCAGCGCCUGCGGCGCCGGCUGGGAGUGGCAGGCGGCUUUGCGGCUGCUGGGCGAGAUGUCCACCGCGCGACUCAGCCCCAGCGCGGUGGACUUGAACGUCGCCAUCGGCGCCUGUGAGCAAAGUAACCACAGCCCCUUGGCCCUGCUGCUGGCGGACGUGCCCCAGCGAGGUAUUCAAGUGCUACUGGGGAGGACGUCUCGAGCAUGAAAGACACGGCGCCGGUGUCGGUUCCUUCGGGCUGACGCGUGCGGUCCUUGUCUCGAUGGAUUUGAAGGCAAGAGGUGCUCUACAUCAUAAAGAAGAUGCAGAAGACCUCGGCGAGGUCACGAAACUUAUGCUUCGGAUGACAGCACCAAGAAAUGGUUCUUGGUGGCUGGCUCAUGCGCCCUGUGUUGAAGCCUUCGUGCUGUCGCUAUUGGCUGAUGGGAUUGUCGCAGCAGUACUGCGGUUGACUGAACGCGAUCUUGCAAAACGUUUGGGAGCACAUGCAAUUGCACGAAGCUUGAGGCCGGCGGGGUACUUGCAUUGUUUGAUCACAGCCUCAAAUCUGCGGUGAGUGGUAUUGAGGGCAAUCUGGAACUGUCUUUUAAAAUUGGCACUGGUAGGAGUGGAGACCAUGGCAGCUGCGGAUG